CUAUCAUUCUUAUCAUAAUAAAGUAUAUUUCUUGUGAGAGUAGAGGUUGGUAGGGAAUAUUAUUUAACAUUUGAUCAUAUUACAGUUUGUUUCUUUGGCUUUCUUUCAUUUUAAAUGAUGACUCUGUCAAAAAAAGAAUCUUCAGUGUCUCAAUUAUUAGGUUUAGGCUCAAAUCUGAAAUGUAUUCCAGUAAAUGACCAAAUUCGUGAGCUCCAAACAGUUAUUCGGGACAAGAAUACGACAAGGAGUGACUUUGUAUUUUAUGCAGAGCGAUUGAUCCGUUUGGUUGUGGAAGAAGGUCUCAACCAACUGUCUUUUACUUCCUAUACUGUUACAACACCUACUGGAGAAAUGUAUGAAGGCUUGCAGUAUGUGAAGGGAAACUGUGGAGUCAGCAUUGUUCGGAGUGGAGAAGCUAUGGAACAAGGCCUUAGAGAUUGCUGUCGAUCAAUUCUUGGAAAAAUUUUAAUCCAAAGUGAUGAGGACACCCAUGAAGCUCAGGUGGUUUAUGCCAAGUUUCCAGAAGAUAUUGCUCAACGCAGAGUUCUGCUUAUGUAUCCUAUAAUGAGUACAGGAAACACAGUUAUCAAAGCAGUGAAAAUUUUAAAAGAACAUAGUGUUUUAGAAAAUAACAUAUUCCUGCUGAAUUUGUUUUGUACUCCAUAUGCUGCCAUCUCAUUGAUGAAAACUUUCCCAGCUUUGACUAUUCUUACAUCAGAAGUUCACUCAAGUGCUCCCAAUCAUUUUGGACAAAAAUAUUUUGGAACAGAUUAAAAAGUAUUCUUAGAGAGGUUAGGAAUUCUAGAAUUACUAGACUGAACAAAAGAAACUUUAUAUAUAUAUAUUAUUCUUUAUAUCCCAGACAGUUCUUUUUUUUUCAUAUUUGUAGCUUGUGAUUUUGAAACAGUAACUGGGAUUUGUUUUCAAGUAUAUUAUAUUGUUUCCCUGCUUUGCUAUUCUAUCAAUGAGUUAGUUUCAAUUAAUCCAGAAAAUUCCUAAAUGUUGAAUUUAAGUACAGAAAAUGAAAGAGAUGGAUUGGCACCUACCUUAAAAAUGGUGCCAUAAGUAAGAACAUCACUUGCACUUUUGAUUAGCCAAUGAAAAACAUCUAAAAGAGCAUCAUCGUUAUUACUAAAAUACAUUUUAAAAUAGUGCUUGAGCAGUAGUAGAUUUACUUGAUUGUGAGUAAACAAGUUCAUGAAAUAUAUAAAGCACCAUGAGAAGAGUUAGCUGAAACUUUAUUUAAACAUUUUCUUACAAUGUUGUCACACAUAUUACUUGGUUAUUAGGUAGAUUUAAAAAUGUUCUUAUUUUUUUUAUUAUCCUUUUUACAUUCUGACUGUUUUUUCCAUUUUUUGAGAAGAAACAGAUGUCUUUGUUGCAUACAUAAUAUUAUUAUAUAAACCUCAAGGAAUUUUCCUAUUAAUUUUGACUAAUCUAUGUAAUAAUUUAAUUUACAUGCAUUUUACGUCAUCUUUUCUGUAAUGAACUUUUCAAAAAUAUAAUUUAUUUUUUUUAGUGUAAUGUAACUAUUGCUCUAAGAAUAUGAGCAACAAAUAGAGCCAAUACAAUUGAUAAGAAAUAGUUGUGUAUAUUUUUUAUAUUAAGGGCUACACAUUAAAAAAUCUUAUGAUUUAAGUUGUAGAUUUGUAAUUAUUUGUAUAUUUGAUUGCAUCUUUGUUUAAUCUCAUUUGAGUGGUUAACUGAUUGAAAAUAGAUGUAGUUUGUUCUGUUAACUAUUAAAAAAAAGUAUUGUGAUACAAAAUUUGAUGCAUUUACUAUUUUCAGAUGGAACUUCUUUUUAUAAACAAUGUAUUCAUUCUUACUAGUAAGAAGUAAACUGUUCUUGUAAAAGAGAGAUAUGUGUUAAAUGGAAAAAAAAACUAAAUUCUUGACUUUUUCUAUUUUUCUUGCAAAUUGUAAAAUUUAGUGCCUUGUGUGUUUCAGUGUAUAUAAAUGCUUUUUCUAGUGUUGCAAAUAAAGAAAAAUGUAAAUUACAA